GUCCGUGUGUUUACCGCCACAGAGAAGCUCCUUGGUGCAGCUGAACGAAGCUCCAGCUGCAGAGCUCCGAGCCUCGGUCCGUCCCCACAUGUCUCUGCCUCCUGGACCGCCGCUGUCUCCGCUGGUCCUCGUCACUUCAGUCGCUUUAUGAGACGGAAAGGGAAGAAAAGCGGCAGCGAGUUGGUGACAGUGAGAGUGUGUCAGAGAGGUCUGAAGCCUCCUGCAGAGAAACCACAGAGUCCUCGUCUCCACACAGGAGCUGCGAGGGACGGGGACACACUGUCCUCCGCGCGGCGACCGCACCUGUGUCCACACACCUUUACUUAGAGGCGGUUUGACGGACAAAACGUGGAGGAGAAAACACAAGUGGCGCCACGUUUGAGCGGCCGAGCGCCUUCACUCUCCACGGUUCUCAUGGCCGUUAUAAGUCCCGCCUCCUGCUCUGAGCCCGGACACCUUCAGAGAGACACAGCACACCGAGACACACACACACAUGGCGGAAGAAGCUCCAGCAGCCGCCCCGGCUAAAGCCCCGGCCAAGGCCCCGAAGAAGAAGAGCGCUCCCCGGCCCAAGAAGGAGGGACCCAGCCUCCCGAAGCUGAUCGUCAGCGCCGUGGCCGAGUCCAAGGAGCGCAAGGGGAUGUCGCUGGCGGCGCUCAAGAAAGCUCUGGCCGCCAGAGGCGUCGACGUCACCAAGACCAACAAGCGCGUCAACACCGCCGUCACCAAGCUGGUGACCAAAGGCACCCUGGUCCAGACCAAAGGCACCGGGGCCUCCGGCUCCUUCAAGCUCGCCAAGUCCGAGCCCAAAGCCGCCAAACCGGCCAAGGCCGUACUGAAGAAGAAGCCCGCCGUCAAAGCCAAGAAGCCCGCGGCCAAGAAAGCUCCGGCAAAGAAACCCGCAGCGGCCAAGAAGGCGGCGGCCAAGAAGUCCCCGAAGAAAGCUCCGGCCAAGAAGCCCGCCAAGAAGGUGCCCAAGAAGAGCCCCAAGAAGAGCCCCAAGAAGGCGGCCGUCAAGAAGCCAAAGGCCGCCAAGAAGCCCGCGGCCAAGAAAGCUCCGGCAAAGAAACCCGCAGCCAAGAAGGCAAAGAAGUGAAGUGGACCCGACCCGAACCGGAUCAACCAAAGGCUCUUUUAAGAGCCACCACAGUCUCUGCAGAGCAGCUCCUCCACUCUGAGGUGUUUAUUUUGACAGUCACUUACAUUAUGGUAAAGACAACAUGUUGAUAUCGGCUCUGGACAGGAAGUGAAUAUUCUCAGGAAAAGUUCAGAUGAUUCAGACUUGUUGUUGUGACGUCACAUGAACAGGAAGAGAUUCACAUUAAAAACAUCUAUACAAACGUUCAGUAGGAGGUUCAGGACUGAUUCACCAUCUCUAUGAGCAUCAGGUGAGGAGAACAGGAACACACCUGGGCUGCAGGUGCUGAAAUGUAAAAGUAAAGAUUAAAUUUAACAACAAAUCGAAUAUUCUCAUUAUGUCCUGGGCCAAUCAGUGAUGAGGAGAGGAAAAAGUGAUUGAUAAAGUGACUGAGGCUUUAAAAGAAAAAACAGUUCUGCAGCCUGUUUUCUCUGGAGCUUUAUUCUGGAGGGACAUCAGAUGAAGACAUAAUCAGGAAGUGAAAUCACACUGAAUCAGAUCAAUAUCAUAUGUAAUUACAACACAACACUUCAAAGUUAUUAUUUAUUUUGUUUUUUAUUAUUUAAAGGAACACGGUGACAUUCAGUGAAAUCUUCUCCAUCUUCAGUUUCAUCUCCAACACAGAGACGGGUCCAGGACAUGGUUAGCCUAGCUUAGCACAAACACUGGAAGCAGGGAUGGGGAAAUCAACUCUUAGCCUAGCUUAGCACAAACAAUGGAAGCAGGGGGAACUUAACUGUUAGCCUAGCCCCAUCAAAAGAGAAAACCAAAACAUUUAAACAGCUUUUCAGAGUAAAAUCAGUUCAAACCAAGAGCAGCUGCAGUUCCUCUGAAGUCCACCAGAGGCUGCUGUGAUCACACUGUAUUAAAGUGAAUGUGAAAACAGUCAGUGCAGUUCCUACACAAUAAGAGUCCUGUGAGGGGACACUUUCACAAUAAGAGUUCUCUGAGGGGACACUUACACAAUAAGUCAUAUUAUGGUCACUGAGGGGACACUUUCACAAUAAGAGUCAUAUUUUGGUCACUGAGGGGACACUUUCACAAUAAGAGUUCUCUGAGGGGACACUUUCACAAUAAGAGUCAUAUUAUGGUCACUGAUGGGAGACUUUCACAAUAAGAGUUCUCUGAGGGGACACUUUCACAAUAGGAGUUCUAGUAUGUUCAGUGACAGGACAGUUUUCACCAAAAUACAAUUUGCACAUGACAAUUAAUAAAUAUUAAUUACAAUAAUGAUUGAAAUUAAACGUGAAGUUACUGUCAAGAAAAGGAAACAUAACAUUUUUUAAAUUAGGAGAGUGUCAGUCUUUUAGGUACUUCAGUAUAAUACAAUAAUAAUAUUUUAUAUUUAAUAUGUCAGGACAGAAUUCUGAUGCCGUUCAGCAGAAUAAUGACAGACGGUAAAAAUAACAACAAAUAAAAUCUCCAUAUUUACAGAAUAACAGUAACUUUCUAGAUAAUUUUCAUUUUUUGUUUUUGUUUUAGUCUUUUUCUUUUUUCAACUUAGUUUCCUGUUGACUUUUUACAUUUCUUUUGUUCUUAAUUUCUUCAGUUAAUUUUAACUUUAGCAUUGUCUUUAGCCCUUUAGCAUCAUAAACAAAUAAAUAUACAGAAGGAAAACAAGAAAUAAGACCUUUAUUUUGUUCAGCAGUAUUUGAGUGUGUUUGAGCUAACAGUAAAGCUAGUGUUUAGCUUGAAGCUAACAUUACUUAACUGAUGUUGCAGUUUAUAGUUCAUUAGCUUGUUAGCUCACUCACCAGCAAGAAGUGACUGUUUGUUGAUAUUCAACUUUAAAAAUCAACUUUAAAAUUUAUUUCACAUGCAUACUUUUUUAUUAUUACACUUUCUUUUCAGUUUGAGUUUUUGAAUUUUGACUUUUGAAUGAACUUUAUUUCAUGAAUGCUCUCGCUCCAUUUUCUUUCGCACUUUAGCCAAUAAAUGCCAAUGCCAAUAAAUAAAUAUGAAAAAAAAAACGUCUGUAAUUAACUGAAAAUGAUUUGACUUUUAAAUUUCCAUCUUAGGUUUAUGGUUAUACUUUUCUCUGUUUAGUUUCCUGUUAAUUCAUUCAUUC